AUUACGCCAAACGCAAGCAGUGGGACAACCAUUGGGACAACCGUAUACAGUGGAUAAGAGGCGUGGUCAGACAGUGGAAUUGGAUAACAGGACGUCAGUUGAAGGGUGAAGUGGGGCAUUCACGAGCGUCAGAAUGUCAACGAUUUUGCGCAGGUUCACAGAUUUAUAAACACUGUUCAGGCUGAUUGUCUCUAGGAAUAAAAUAGGAACCAAUGUAUAUGACAGACAGAUUUGUGAAAAAACGCAACGAAAUACAGUGUACUUCACAUUUUUGAGCAUACCCAACGUUAUCAGUUUAUGUACGUUUACACACUCGAUGCGGGGAGUAUGUUUUUGGACAUGUUUUCAUGAAAGUGUAUUAAUAAUUCACUGUUACGGUGCGUAACAUCCUAGACACUAUAGCCUGAUUUCGGAUUAAACAUUGCGAUACCAAGUCCAGUGUUUGCAUGGUUUCGAUGCAAGUUGUUUACUCGUUGGUCUGAAGAGAAGUAGUCGAAGUAUGUCAUCUGCUGCGCACGAUCCCGCCAUGCAGUCGACUUUGGACCAGAGCAAAUUGGCUCCAGAGAACUUGCUGUCAAAUACAUAAAACGAUAUUGAAACGGGUCCUGCACAUGAAUGAGGGCCACAAGGGCCACCGUGACCGCAAACUUCUUGAGAUCUGAUUUGGGGGAGGAGGGUUGUGUGGUCUCUACCCUUUCCUGUAGGACUUAUGUUUCCUCCCGAAUCCUUCUGUUCUCUCUAUCAAACAAAGCAGGCCACAAUAGUCCCAGACGGAGGCAGUGUAGACAGGCACACUUGGCCUUGUCCCUGUUUUAGACUUAAUUGACUGGGGAUAUACAAAGAACUCAGACCUUUUUUCCCCUGUUGUUUACUAGAUUAUUAGUAUGAGUCUUCCUCCCCAGCAGAAAGUGGCCCCUGAUAAGAGUGGGGGCAAACAUCGGGCUGGAGCUGCCAUGAAGGAGCCCUCAGGGCAGCACGCCGAGGCUUCUGAUGUCUUCUAUGGUGGUAUGGGCCCCCCGGCUCUGGAGUCUGCUCAUGGGGUCGUUGAGCCUGGAGGCCACGGCUCUGGGGUUUUCAACCCAGAGAAGGGGCCCCAAAGUCGGGCUCACUACCAGCAGACUGCCACUGUCAAAUGGAUGCACCAGGACCCCAUCCAGGCCCCUGGCUGGUCUCAGGAAGCUCCCGGGCCCAUGCCAACCAAUCAAUGGGGGCAGAACUUUGGCCAGUAUAUGGACGGCUUGAACAACUUUAGGGGCCAGGUGGCUUUCCCCAAGGGGAACCACGAUGGAGGAGCUGCUUUGCAGAUGGGGCCAGCAGAGAAGCCGGCUCCAGGAUCCAUAGCCCAGGAUAGGGGCUUAGAGUGGGAGCAGCAUGGUGCGGCGGCUGCCACACGCCAAGCCCAGCUCCAGGCCCUCCAGCAGGGCCAUAAGGGUGUAGCCCUCCAGGCUCAGAACCCCCAUGCUCCCCCCUCUCACCCCUCCAUGCCACAAGGGUCCUUGUUGCAGCCCUUCCAGCUGGCGUUUGGACCCACCAAGCAACACCUUCCAUCUGGGUAUUACCAGGUGUUCCAAGGGGGAACCAAAGCCAUGCCCAACCUGAACUACAACGAGCAGUCCAAAGCCCAGCAACAACACCAACUGAUGCAGCUUCAGAUGCAACAGCAGCACCAAAUGCAUCAACAACAGCACCAGUUGCAGCAACAGCACCAGCACCAAAUGCAACAGCAUCAGCUCCAACUGCAGCAGCAAAUGCAACAGCAGUUUCACAAGCAGCAACUACAACAGGAGCAACGGCAACAAAUUCACCAGUUGCAGCAACAGCAGCAACCACACAGUUUACCGCCGCAAGAAAUACUGCAGCCACAGUCUCAGCAAAAGCAGCAGCCAAACCAACACUUCCUUAGCUACCACCAGCCCCCUGACAACUGUCCGUCUAGCGCUAGCCCCCCACCCUCUCAGAAGUACAAGCCUCCGUCUGUGGAAACUCAUGGACAGGGACAGACACCGGAAGUAGAGACCCCAUCCACUGAUCUGUCAAGCCCACCAUGCAACCCCUGCCCUCCAAUGGUCUCACCUAACCCCAUGUCACCCUCCUCCGACACACCUUCGGCUGCCCCCCACCGUUCGCGCCGCCUCUCCAGAGACGGGCUGUCCCCCCUGGGUGGCCCUCCCUCACUAACCUCCUGGAACCAGACCUCCAGGGAGGUACCCCAGAACGGCGUGGUGGCCGGAGGAGAGGAAGGGAGGGUGGGGGAAGGCCAGGGUCCCUCUGGGGGGGUCAUACAGAGUACCCGUCGGAGGGUGUCGAAAGAGAUCAAUCUGGAGACUCUGGCCCAGAAGGCUUCCGAGAUGGAGUCGAUGCCCGCUGCCAAGGUUGCCAAGAUAUCCAAGCUGCAGGAGGGUCCUACAGGCAGACAGGCUGGCAUGGUGCCCUUGGUUAUGCCUGUGUCAGUGCCAGUGCGUCAGGGUCAGCCAGCCCCUCCGGGCAACUGGCUUUAUGGGCGCCCCCCGAGCCAGCACCCCCUGCUCCUGCCCCAGCCCAAGCACAAGCCCUCUGUCAUCGUGGCCCGGCGCCGUUCCCUGAGGAACUCCUUGUCGGAAAGCUUCAGCCAGGACGAGGAGAGCAACGCGGGGCAGGACAAUGAUGGGAAAUUGGCCAAGCACAAACGGCGUCCUCGUCCCGAUCCGCUCUUCAUCCCUCCGCCCAAACCGACCACGUUCAUCGUUCCCUCGGUCUACUCCGCCAUCACUCCCUACCAGAGCCACCUACGCUCACCCAUCCGCUUGCCUGACCACCCCUUCACAAUGCCGCCCUACACCCCGCCUCCCAUCCUGUCACCGGUGCGCGGGGGCUCAGGGCUCUACUUCUCCACCUUCCUGUCCUCCAUCACCACCAGCAACCAAACCCUGCAACCACCGCCCAUUACACCCAAGUCAAACUCGCGCAGCCUGCUGCAUUCCACCAGCUCUACAGACAUCACACCCCCGGUCCUCCCUUUAAUCACCGACGCCACACCUGUCAGCUUUGACCCGCGUAUUAACAUUGGUCUGCAGUACCAGGCAGAGGUGCCAGAGCUGCAGCGGGACUGCUCGCUGACCCAUUGGGACCAGCACAAGGCUGACCUGGUCUGGCUCCCCAUGAAGGAAUCCCAGCUACGCCACGUAGUGCAGGAGACUGUGGAUGACCUGAUGAGCCUGGCCUGCUCAUGCGCUCUGUAUGGCGGAGGCACCAAUCAAGAGUUGGCCCUUCACUGUCUGCAUGAGUGCGGGGGCAAUGUCCUUGAGGCCCUGGCAGUCCUGCUGCUCAAGGAGCCCAUUUUCUCUAAAGGCCAUCACCUGGCAGACUAUCACUACUCAGGAUCAGACAGUUGGACUCCCUCAGAGAAGCGCUACUUCAACAAAGGCAUCUCUGCCUACAGGAAGGACUUCUUCAUGGUGCAGAAAUUGGUGCGGACUAAGACAGUGGCACAGUGUGUGGAGUUCUACUACACGUAUAAGAAACGGGUGAAGAUCGGUCGCAAUGGAACCCUUACCUACGGACCUCCAGAGUCACCAGCGGCAAAACACACAGAGGCAGUAUUGGAUGUCAAAGGAGAAGACAACAGGAAGUGGGAAGGGUCUUGGGAAUGGGGUAAAGAUGGCAGCCAGUUGAGGGUUAACCAGACACUACAGGCUCACCACAAUACAGGAGCAGUGCUAGGACACAAGGACCAGAAUACUGUACAAAAGGUGGGACUUCACCAUCCAACCCCUUCCUCUGCACUCCGAAAUCCUCGUCCCGAGUCUGCAGGGAAGAAGAGCAGAGCGCCCCCAAAACCCCCGGGCGACCCAGAGGGCGUGUUCCCCUGCAAGAAGUGUAGCAGGGUGUUCUACAAGGUUAAGAGCCGCAGCGCCCACAUGAAGAGCCACGCUGAGCGGGAGAAGAAGGACGCCGCACUCAAACUCAAAGAGGAGGUGGAGCGGGCGACCCUGGCGGCGGCAGCAGCCGAGGCACGGGCCAAGGAGGCAGCAGAGGCUAUGCAGAAUGGGAAUGGUUGUGGGAAUGAAGCGGGAGAACAGGAUGAGGUCAGUGAUGAGGAUGUGCCUUCAGAGGCAGAAGAUGAAGAGGACGAGGAUUGGCACUGAAAGAGGGCGAAAAUAGUGGGGGGGAGACUUGGGCGUGAGGCAGAGAAAGAGGGAAGGAAAGAGAUCCCACUCCUAUAAAAACACAGUUUAAAGAAUCUUUACCUAAGACCAUGAGAUUGAGUAUGGUGGCGUUCCAGGUCGUUCAUGUAUCUGUACAUUAUCAGAUAUUGUAACACCCGGGGAACUGUUAAACGUCUAGGAAGCACAUAAUCAUAUGAUAUAACAAUAUUCUGACAUGCUCAACGUGACUGCAAAAAAAGAAUACCUGGAACAUCCACUUUGUCUCACAUCCCAGUGCCACAACUUCAGUCUUCCUUUGAAUCGCUUUCCGCACUCCUCAUCUUAACUUUUCACAAGGGAAUAUAUUUUUGUAAAUGCACUUAUACAUUGUAUUCUAUUGCUUUUGCCAAUGUUUCUUCUUUUAUAUCCCUUAUGUAAUUGAAUAUCUGUAUUGGAAUAUCAAUAUGGCUAUUUUCAUUGUGUGUACUAUUUAGACUUUUGGUUGUUCUUAGUCGUUUAUACUGCAGUGGAUGUUUAUAGCAAACUAGCUAUACUCAGUGGAUACCUGUUUUGCCUUACUAAAUCAUGAUCAAAGAGACUUUUCACUUUUAUAACUAUCGGUCUGUUUUCUAAAAUUGGGGAUAAUGUAGAUAUGACCUUUUAUGAAUUAUGCUUUGCUUUUAAUUAAGGUAAAUAUUGUGGAGAAAUGUUUAAGAAUUGUCAUCAAACUCCUAAGGUUGAAUUGCACAUUUAUACUACAAAGUAAGAGACCUUUCAAAUGUAAUGUACGAAAGUCCAGAGGACAUUUUAAUGAAAAGAUCACUCAUUAUCACUCAUUAUGUCCAUCACAACUUAUGUAUCUAUCUCAUGAUCACAACGUAACAAGUUGAUUUGUUCGAGAUCACAAGAUCAUUUUCCCAUGAUCAUGACAUAACGAAAGUUGUUCGGUUGAGAUGAACUCCAUAAAGAGGAGUGGCUUGACAGUAUGGCUGAGGCUGCAGAGCCCGCAGUGGAUUCAGUACGUUUUUAUUAAUUGCUAUGGUAAGGGAUGGCACAUUUCAUGCUAACAUCAUGCUUUCAUUUGUGUUUGGAGCUUAUUAUCAGUUUUAUAAGUUAGAACAUUAUCAAGUUUAAAUGUCCCUUACAUUGAGCUAAGAGCUCUCGGGGCAUCUAAGCCCUCAUGUGGCAUUUAAGCCCAGAACAAUGCCUGACAGGCUGUGUGCCACCCCCAAGACCACAACCAAUGCAUGCAAGCAACAACGCAGUAAACUUGGCUAGUCGUGUGAGUGUGCUAGCUAGCUAGGUAGUCGUGUUCGAUAACAAGCUAGCUAGCAAGCUAUGUUUUCUUUCAUAACUGAUAUUAGUAUAAUUGUAAGGGACACUUAAUGUUUUUUGGAUGAUAUUUAAAUUUACAGAGUGGGUAAGCUCCAUUCCAGACAGACUGAUCAGAUUCCAUUUCAGUCCCAGACAACCGAGCUAACUAGCUCACAAGACUAGCCAAGUUAGCUGCGUUGUUCCUUGCAUGUGAUUGGUUGUGGUCUUGGGGCGGCACGUAGCCUGGGAGACAUUGCUGCCUGUCAGGUAUCGUUCAGGGCUUAAUUGCCCAGUAUUGCGAUCAACGCAGCCAAAGGGCUCCUUGAUGAAGUGGUUAUCAUGCAUCUGAACAAAUCAAUGUAUGACCCAUGGUACUUUUGAAUAUCUCUUGAUCUCGACAAAACAACUUUUGUUAAGUGAUCAUGAGAUAAAUCAGUUGUAAUCUCGACAUAAUGAGGGGAAAAGAACAUUAAUUCAUAAUGCGGUCUAUGGACUAUUGUAGUAAUGUGUCUUGUGUAAAAAAAAAGUUUUAUAAAAAGUUAUAUAUUGAAAAUUACUGCAUUGCAAAUAAUGUUGCCAACUUUUAACUAAUCAAUAAUGUCAACUGCCGUUGAAUUGAAAAAGUUGAUUAAAAAUCUAUUCAGAAACUAUGUUUCUGUCAUUCCCUGAA